AUGCCUAAUCCGUCUGUUAUCCAGCUGGGUAAUGUCAGUCGGGUUAGCUGGCGCCUCUGUGAAUUUACCCAAGGUCCGGAAACAUCUCACCCAGAUCGAGAAGAUGGAGUGAGGAGGCGUGGACUCAGCCCAACCUACGGAACCUCUUAUGCGUACACGUCGGUCUUCCAAAUCGAGGUGCCAAUGUUUCGCCACGCAAAUGCCUUUUUCAGACUGCCUCGUGGCUGCAACAAAUCAAACUCUAUGUUUUGCAGAAUGUCAAAAUCUUUGACGGCCAGAAAUUUUGUGUGGCCACGGCGUCAACCGACCUUCCUUUCGAAUGAACGAAACGUCGCAAAGGAGAAUCGCAAUGGCUUCUCACCAAACGCGUGUUCAGCUCCUUUGAUCCUACCUGACCUUGAGCUGUUGACUGUCUGCUUGAAUUUGGUCCACUGGCCAACGCCGCAACGUGAAGCUUUCUUCUUCGUCCACACGUUUCCUGCCCGUACAUUCAUCUUUAUCUCCACGUUUUCGAUCGAUAUAGACCGCGCAAAACAUGCUGAUGUACGAUUUCUCUUGCCGAGCUCCCCUAUAAGAGCAACUGACGCCAUUGCGGAUAAUCCUCAGCAACUUGUACUCGUCUACCUCUACCCAAUGGCCACUCCCGUGAACAACGACAUCCUCUACUGGACCAACCAGGACCCACGCGAAAGCGUUCUCUUCAAUAACUGGGGAAUCGUCUAUCGCUUCCAGACUGCAGUCACAACCAGUGGACAGAGCGUCACCACAUUAUACCGCGUUAUUCGACCCAACAAAGAAGAUCGUGUGGCUAAACUGGAGUGGGCUGCGAAUGGGGGCUUGGGACGCGUUAUCAUCGGAAAGAACACGUUGCCCAUGGCGGACCUAGUCCGAGCAGACCCACGCAUCCAUGCUUCUCGUGUCUUCAUCGGACCUGAUGGUCUCCAAUAUCGAUGGAGGCCAAGCUCAAACAACACCGACAUUGUAUUGCAAGAUGCUAACGGCGCUAUCGUCGCAUUCUUCCGCCCCACACGCCAAACAAGAUACCAGAUCGGCGAUGUUUACGGAGAACUACACUUUAUCCGCUCAGCAGGAACUGGAACGGUCAUGCACCCUCCCAUAAUGGACAUGGUGACCGUGACCGCGAUGCUCUACCGUUUCUGCUCUGCCUGGGGCCUGUAG